AUGUCAAAGUCUGUUGAAGGUGUGGCUGACGAUAAGUAUCCGGCAUAUAAAGACCGGCACAAGCUGGCUGUGGAGAGAGAGAAGGCCCUCAAGGAGAAGGCCGAUCAAGCACGAGCAGAGAGAUUUGGGGGCGGCGACGUGUUGAUUUCAACUAGACCUCUUGAACCUAAAGCCAAAGUAGAAAGAGAAAGGACCACUUCGCUGCCGCCCAGGCUGGCUCUAAUAAAGGAAAAACCUUUGAUUUCUGCUGGUUCAGUUGAUAAGCCUGUUGAAGGCAAGGUGGAUUCACCACCAGUCGUUAGCCAGAUUAAGCUUGCACACAUUGAAAAGAGAUCUCCGAGGGUGGCUAGGCCGCCUCCCAAACCAAUGGGCGGGACCCCAAGUGCAGAUGGUAAAGCCCCCAUUACCCCAGGAGGCAUACCACCUCCACCACCACGCCCACCAUUGCCACCAGGUGCACCUCCGCCUCCACCACCACCUGGUGGGCCACCUCGCCCUCCUCCUCCUCCCCCGCCUGGAGGCCUCUCAAAAGGCAGUGGAGGUGCAGACAAGGUACACAGGGCUCCUGAGCUGGUCGAAUUUUACCAGUCUUUGAUGAAGCGUGAAUCCAAGAAGGAAGUAUCCUCCGGGGGCUCUGCAACAUCCAAUGUGGCAAGUGCCAGGAGCAGCAUGAUUGGAGAAAUUGAGAACAGAUCAACAUUCCUGUUAGCGGUACACAUCAAUCCUCAACCUUGUCUUCUCAUGUCAUGUGAAUUCAAUCAGAUGAUCCUGGUUUUUUUUUUUUUUUGUUUUUUCUGAUGGGGGUUCCAAAAUAAUUUCUGCUAAUUCAGGUAAAAGCUGAUGUGGAGACGCAAGGUGAUUUUGUCCAAUCUCUGGCAGCUGAAGUCCGAGCAGCUUCUUUCACCCGCAUUGAAGAUCUUCUUUCCUUUGUAAACUGGUUGGAUGAGGAGCUUUCAUUUCUGGUAUGCCCUCUUCUUGUUCAUAAGUGUGAAGUCAUGGGGAUUUUCCUUUUAAGGAUCGAUCCAAAUGUAGUUCAGUUCCCCGUUUCUUUCUUUCAGUUUUAGCGACCACAGCUCUUUUACCUGUUUUCUUUAUCUUUAUCUAUUGGUGUCUCUUUUGUAGGUUGAUGAACGGGCUGUUCUUAAACACUUUGACUGGCCGGAGGGAAAGGCUGAUGCAUUGAGGGAGGCAGCUUUUGAGUAUCAGGACCUCAUGAAGCUGGAAAAGCAAGUUACGACUUUUGUUGACGAUUCAAAGCUUCCAUGUGAACCUGCCCUGAAGAAGAUGUAUUCAUUGCUGGAGAAGUGAGCAUCUCUGACCCGCUGCUUGCAUCAUUAGGGUUCUUAGCUAGUGGCCCUACUGCCCUCAAUAAUUCCAGUUGGCUCAUGCAUCCUCAUGAAGGAAGAAAAAUGAACUUGAAUCGAAUUCUCUAUUAAAUUUGAAGGGCAUGCAUUUAUUUAUCGACUGCAUUCCAAUUAUUUUCUUCUUUUCUGUUGUUUUUUCUUUCUUGUUGUGAUGGGUGGGUAAAGAAUACAAUGCGACCAAGUAAAUGCUCAUCGACAUCUCCUAUUAUCUUACUCUUACUUCCCCUAAACCACAGGUUGGAACAGAGCGUAUAUGCUCUGCUCCGGACACGAGACAUGGCAGCCUCACGCUAUAGGGAGUUUGGAAUCCCCACAGAUUGGUUGUCAGAUACGGGCGUUGUCGGCAAGGUUUGUUUCUACCUUCUGUACCACUUUUCAUUUUCUUCAUUAGCUUGCUAAUUCAGGAAUGCCAAGGUUUUACCCACUUCAAGAAAGCUGCAAAUUUUGUACUCAUCAGCAUGCCCAUGUGCAGAAACUCAGCUAUUCUACAUGUUUAGAUGUAAUCCUCAUCCUCUUUAAAAGAAUCCAGCCCUUCAGAGCGUCCUCCCAUAAAAGCAGAUCUUCCACCCAGCGUGGCCAUCAACACCUUUCGUUGCCAUUGAAGGUUUCUCAAUUGCUUGUUCUUCAUACAUCGCAGAUAAAGUUGUCGUCAGUUCAGUUAUCCAGGAAGUACAUGAAGCGUGUCACCUCAGAGCUUGAUGCUAUGGGUGGACCAGAAAAGGAGCCGAACAGGGAGUUCCUACUGCUGCAAGGUGUUCGAUUCGCCUUCCGCGUUCAUCAGGUGCGUACUGCAACUUGCUAGAAUAAUUUCGUACUGAAAUAAAUAUAUUAGACUGGGUGUUUGAACGCGUACAAAACUCCACUCAGCAAGCCCGUCCAAGGCACGUUUGAAUAAUCCCAUAUGGAGUGAGAGCAGUUAAGCAAGUGAUUAGGGCCUACAGGGUGACUGGACUUUCUACAGAUGUGCUUAAUGUUUCAGUCAUUCCUGGAGAUCAUAUGGGUUCUUACUGAGCUUUUGCCUCCCCCCCCCCGUUUUUUUUCUCUCUUUCUUUUUCAGUUUGCUGGGGGCUUCGAUGCAGAGAGUAUGAGGGCCUUUGAAGAGCUGAGGAGCCGGGUCGGCUCGCAAACAGGGCCAGCAGUUGCAACUUGA